AUGUUUCACCACCAUCAUCAAUCUCACAAUAUCAACUCUAAUAUUGAUAUGUAUUCAACUCCAAUAAGGGGUGAAAGUUUAGAUGAAAAUGAGAUGGAGUAUGAUGAUGAUGAUGAUGAUGAUGUUGUUGUUGAAAAUCAAGGAAAUGAUCAAGAUGUUCAAUAUGGUGAAGAUGGAGGAAAUUCUGUUCAUCAUGUUGAUGCUAGUCUUUACACGCAACCAUCAUUUCAAGAUCUAGUUUCACAAUUUGGUUCACCACCGAGCUUCACUCAAUUGGUUCAACCAUCUCAACAGCUACCUAAUAAUAAUGAUGAAGCCCCUAUACCUUCAAAGAAAAGUUGGGAUUUGAUUGAAGAUAUUGCUCUCAUAUGUUCAGUCAUGAACACAAGUACAGAUCCAAUUGUGAGCACCAACCAAAAGAUAAGAGUGAGGUGGCAGAAAGUUAAGGAAGCUUAUGAACCAGCGAGGAUGGAACGACCCCAUCUGAUCCCAUGA